UCACGUGGGCAGGUCCUUGGCCCCGCGCACCCCGCAGGCCGCCGAGUCUCAGUGACCGCUGCGCUUCCGGGACUCAGGCCCUCGUCCGACAUGGACACUCACGGCGAGUGGAAGAGCUUUCUGGCGCCCGGCUUGCUGCAGGACAAACUGGCCAUCGUCACUGGCGGGGCCACGGGUAUCGGAAAAGCCAUCGCGACAGAGCUCCUGCAGCUGGGGUGUAAUGUGGUGAUUGCAUCUCGUAACUUUGAUAGAUUAAAAUCUGUUGCAGAUGAACUGAAGGCCAGCCUGCCCCCCACCAACCAGGCUCAGGUCACUCCCAUAAAAUGCAACAUCCGCAAAGAAGAGGAGGUGAACAAUUUGGUCAAAUCCACCUUAGAUAUUUAUGGUAAGAUCAAUUUUUUGGUAAACAACGGAGGAGGCCAGUUCAUAUCUCCUGCAGAACACAUUAGUGCAAAGGGAUGGCAUGCUGUGAUUGAGACCAACCUGACAGGCACCUUCUAUAUGUGCAAAGCAGUUUACAACUCCUGGAUGAAAGAGCAUGGAGGAUCUAUUGUCAAUAUUAUUAUCCUUACUAGAAAUGGAUUUCCAGGAUUUGUGCAUAGUGGAGCUGCCAGAGCAGGGGUUUACAACCUCACCAAAUCCUUAGCUGUGGAAUGGGCCAGCAGUGGAAUAAGGAUCAACUGUGUUGCCCCUGGAGUUAUUUAUUCCCCAACUGCUUUUGACAACUAUGGUCCUUUGGCAAAAAACUUAUUUGGAAAUUGCUUUAGGAGAAUCCCAGCGAAGCGAAUUGGAGUUCCUGAGGAGAUCUCCUCGCUGGUCUGCUUCCUGCUGUCCCCUGCAGCUUCCUUUAUUACUGGACAGUUGGUGGAUGUGGACGGGGGCCAGUCUUUGUAUAUGCACCUAUUCGAUGUACCAGAUCAUGACAACUGGCCUGAUGGAGCAGGGGACCUUUCUGUUGUCAAACAGAUGAAGGAGACUUUCAAGAAUAAAGGCAAGCUCUGAGCUAAGGAAACUGGAGGUGUCUUUUGUCCCCAAAUGCCUUAAUAUCUCAAGAACGCACUUCGGUACUUUUCCAGGAGCUGAUAAUAUGAAUGGAAUAAUCACUUUCUGCCUUUUUAAUGUUAUCAAUUAUGCUUAUGCAAAAACUGUUCUUGAAAUAGUGCAUGUUUAAGCCCCAAACAACACUGGUUAGCCUGUGAUUAAAGAUUUCUCUUUUAGGAAUGGAGCUUAACAUACUUUAUGAUUAUGCCUUUUAUUUCUGAGCAAGAUAAUUGGAAAAUGAAAUAAUUUCAAAUUAAUAAUAGAGGUAUCAUGAUCUCCCAAAAGGUUUUAAUAUUUAAUUGUAAAGAUGGGCAAUAAAUCUAAAUUAUGGCAUCAUGAUGAUUCUUAAAACUAGAAAUAUAUAAUGAUGCCUAUCUUAUGGUAGAUAUCAUGCUUUUGGAUCCAUUAAGCUGUAUGGUAAAUAUCAAUGCAUGAUUUGUUUUGUUCAUGAAGUUAGAUCUGUAUAAAGCCUCUUGAUUCAAAAGAAAAAUAAAGUUAUGUGCAGUA